AUUGCCGUGAAGCUGACUUGAACAGCAGAGGUCUCCCUGCCAUCGUGCGCCGGAGCACUGCAGGAUGGCUUGGCCGCUGCGAUUUGUUUUGCUGCUGGUCGCAAGUCUCGUGUCUUUGUACUCGUCUUCGGCUGGCGCUACCACAUUUACGAAGUUGCCGUACUUAUCUGGAGAUAACGUGAAGACCACAGACCCGGUUCCAAACUGGAUGUCUGUCAGUAAUAUCCAUCAGUGCGUCAUGAAGGACGGCUUGAACAUUUACGUGUAUCAGCCGCGCCUACAGUACUAUGACGAGCCGAACGUGGCGGACCCACUGUCGUACUGUGUCAGCGAGAAGGAGGCGUCAAAGUACCGUCCAGUGAACCUGAUGACAGUGGAGCAGGCGCAGAGGGAGUCCUGCCUGGACGACGCCUUUGACAAGUUUGGCCGUCAGUACGGCACCAAUGCUCUCCUGCUGCCGCGCCAUCAGCUGGUCCUGGCCAAGCAUGCCCGUGUGCACGGCCAGCAAGUGUCAAGCUACUCUGCCUUCACGCCGCGCGUUUAUCUAAAACCGGGCGAGCCUCAGGUGACCAGCCUUCCCAGCGGUCAGGCUGCGCGCACGCGCUUCGUCUGUGCCGUGGAGACAGUGUCGGGCACAAUUCCGGGACUGCACCCCAACAUCACCGUCUGGAAAAUGUACACCAGGGAUGGUCAACUAGACCGCGACCGGUCCUGCGGCAGCGGGCUGGGCCACUCACGUUUCCGCUUACCCCACCGCAUCCCAUAUAUAGGCCAACUAACUGAUUAUUUAUACUACCCACUUCGCCUCCCAACCUGGCAGGAUCAUGACAUUGUGUCCGCUUUCCUCUGCGGCACCUUCAGCGAUUCGUUCACCCUAUUUCCCCGCAGUGUAGAGGCUGGUGCCAUCCGUUUUCCCGCCCUGAUACAAAGCUUGUCUAUCAGACAUGGAGGAUACAUUUGGAUGGCACCUAUUUUGCCCGGGUACGUCGACGCUAUCCUAGUCGACUGUCUAUUCAAGCCGACUCGAGACGAUAAGCUUUCUCGUAAAUAUCGGCCCACACCCAUCGACCCUGGCAGUAAGUGGAUCCGAGUGCCUGAAGUCACCAAAACUCCCACCAUCCGGGCGAACGUCGAGGCUCCGUACGACAACUGCUUUAUAACCUGCAAUUUUCAGCCGCGUUUCCUCGACGGUACACUGGGCCGGAAGGAAUACGCACCCCAGAGCAAGUUGGGCAGAAGAAUUUUUUACCACGUCCAGGGGGGUGGGUGGGGUGGGUGGCGCCGAGUUAGAACAUCUGACGUUUGCGCCAGGCAUGUUAGUUAUUAUGGAGUGGUUCAUAAAUUAAACAGAGAAAACAGGGACACUUUCAAUGAGUAUGCCGAAUUACUAAGUAUUUGGGGAAGCUUCCUGAAAUAUCAAUUAAAAGAAAACAUCAAUGUGAAAAAAAUUUGGUCGUCCAGUCUUAACACAAUUACCUACCAGAGAAGUAAGUUUCAGUUGAUCAGCUCACAUGCUGCACCCGAAUAUCAAUUUAAUGGAGCUGAACAGAGUAGAAGCUUUACUGGCGGUGAAUGGUAUCUCAACUUGUUUACGCCGAAUGGCAGUGUCAGUUAUUGCGCAAGAGAGUACAGUGUUAUCAAGGAGUACGUAGUAACUCAGAAAUUUAAUACCUAUUCCCUGGCCCUCGGUGAGCCUGGAACACUUCCGAUCGGUUGUGAACACUAUGGCGUUUUCACCCACACAUGGUACAAUCAUAACACGAAGGAGGUGCUCGACGACUUCAACGGCACCGGCUCUCUCCGGAUACGUUUUGAGACUUUCUGGACCACUGCGCUUGAUAUUCCUGAGUUCCUCGAGGAGCACGUUAACAUUACGCUUGCGUGUGCAUUUACUACUGCUAAUUCACCAGCGCAACUCGACAGGUACCUCAAUGACGUUGAUGACAACAUUAUUGUUCUCUUUAAGUAUCAGCUCCUGCGCAAACCUCCGCCGAAUCCUCCCACAAACCUCCAAGUCCGCAACUCCUCCGCUACAACAAUCACUGUCAUUUGGGACCCACCGGCUGCUGGCCAGCCUCACCAACGUGUACACUUUCUGUGUGUGAACAGUCUCAUCACUCAUGAAGUUCAGGGCACAUACAUCGUGGAGAAUGGCAAGACCCGUCAGCUGACCCUCGUUGGCUUCAAGCCGAAAGCAACGGCCUUCAUACCGUAUCAAUGUGUCGCUUGGACUAGUUACUACAAGGAAAAUUCGGUGCGCGUGUCUCUCGGCAUAGUUGCCACCAAGCAUGUUGAGGUCGUGCAGGUGCCCGUCGACACACCACUCCGCUACACGGAUAGAGCCUGCCCGCUGUUCACGCACUCGCUGCGCAACAUGAAGACGCUGGGCGCGGCGCAGGAGGCCGGAGUGUUGAACGAGGGCGAUGCUGUCGUCAUUCCCCUGUUCACCUUGCAGCUGAGUGGCACGCACGUCGGCUGCAAGCCCGUCAAGUCUGACGACUUUGUGUGGGAGGUCAUCUUUGUGGCUUUGUUACCGUGUCCAUCGUUUGUCACUCCGAAGACGAGCACAGCCGGUGCUAAGAAAAUCACCCUCUACAAGUCAGAUAACUACACCGUCCAGUGCAACGGAGGCUACCGGCUCAACGGAACCGCCACCGUGCGCUGCGUGAACCGCAUGCUGACGAGCAUCCCAACCUGCGAGCAGGUCACCUGUGGCGCCCUCAACCAGUCGCAGCACACUAUCCCCAACGGACGCCUGGCCAAUCAGCAGACAGGUGCCGCGGCGAGCACAAGCUACCCGGUGGGCGCUAGUGUGGCGUUCGCGUGCGACACACACUACCGGUUCAACUCCACCAACUCGAUCUCCUGCAAGCUGAGCGACGACCUGCUGAGCGCGGAUUGGACGCCUUUGCCAAUCUGUCAACUGCGCGACUACUGUCGGAAUUCGGACACGCUGUGCGGCGUGGGAGUCAGCUGCUCGCAGCACGGCACGGAGUUCACUUGCUCCUGUCUCCCCGGCUUCUACCACGAUGACUACAGCCUGUCCUGCAAAGACAUUGACGAGUGUCAAAACGGCACCCUGAGAAGCCAAUGCAAACAGGGACGAGCGCAUGUGGUGUGUCGGAACACUGUCGGGUCCUAUCAAUGUGAUUGUGCUGCACGGACACGCAGAGAAAACCUGACCGAUACGGACUUCACAUGCUCAGACACGUGCACGUUCAACCUGACCGGGCUCGGCGUGAUCGAGCUGCAGCGCAACACACACCGGCAACUCCAGUGCCCGGCCGGGCACACGCCGUCCGCGCCGUUCACGAUCACGUGCGGCCCGAGCGCCGAGCCGUCCGCCCCGACGCCGUGCGCUCCCGCCCCGUGUCCAGUGGACCUGGGCCUGCCGGUCGGCGUCAAGACCAACCUGAGCAGCGCUGCCGGGGCGACGUUGCUACACAGCGUGGUGCGCGUGUCCUGCAUGAACUCCGCGCAGGGGCUGAACAUGUGGGUGGCAUACCAGGAGAACUACCUCCCUCUCCUUCUGUGCUUGCCGAGGGCUGCCAGAGAAAUCCUUCCGACCUAUUGGCGAGCGGCGCACGGACUUCCUCUCGCAAACGCCGCCGGCUACAUCUGCUCAGAUUCUUGCGUCUAUGAGCCCCUGGUUAGUCAAGGCAGUGUGGGACCGACUAAGAUUGGCUCUCAGCUCAACGUGACCUGCAUCCCAGGCUACAAACCUGAGUAUGGCACAACCGAUGGUCAAGCCCCGAUCUGCGAAUUGGUGAACGGCUGGGCGGCAUUCCGCAUCGGAAAUAUACCGGUCACCUGCAAUUUGUACGACCCGUGCCUGACGGACACGAACUUCUGCCCGACCGGAUCGACGUGCGUCCGCAGCAACACGAGCCUUGCCAUCACCUGCAGCUGUGGCAUCGGUUACGAAUUCAACGAGAUCACGCGUCAAUGCGAUAAUGUCAACGAGUGUGACGUUUCUCUGGGGCAGCCUUCGCCGUGCAAACAAAACGCUGUCUGCACGGACACGGUCGGUUCGUUCCAGUGCUCGUGUCCCAAGCAUUAUACUGACAAUGGUGAUGGCAGUUGCUCAAGGACUGACUAUUGCGCAGGGUCAGUUGGCUGUGGAGCUGGAGUCAUGUGCACCCUGAACACUACACUUGACACCGGCUUCUCCUGUACCUGCAGAGUUGGAUUCCAAUACCUUAAUCGAUCUUGCAAGGAUGUUGAUGAAUGUUUGUUAUCACAGAGUGUUUGUCCGGCUGGGCUCAGCUGCGUCAACAAUGUUGGCUCCUUCACAUGUCUGUGUCCUGCCGGUUUCAAUACGCAGCCCGAAUUGACUUGUCAAGAUAUCGAUGAAUGCAGGAAUGGUGAUGCAGGAUGUUCCCACGAGGCCGCUUGCACAAACACCAAUGGAUCCUUCACGUGUACAUGCAAACCCGGAUUCAGCGGGGAUGGUGUGGUCUGCACCACUGUGGACGAAUGCACCCUGGGCACGCACCGUUGUCACCUUAAACCGCCGUCGUUCUGCAUCAAUACCUACGGCUCUUACGCGUGUAAGUGCCCAGCAAGCGGGUACACCGAUAACGCUACGGCGUGUAUCGACGACGACGAGUGUUUUCUUGGCACGCAUCAUUGCAACAAGGACAACGGAGUGUGCGAGAACUCUGCAGGAGCAUUCAGCUGCCGCUGCAAGGCUGGAUUCACGGGCAACGGUACACUGUGCAAUCCCAAGGACCCGUGCCUGAGACGAGGUAGAACGUGUGAUAGCAGAGCCUCGUGCACACCCAACCCUAGCACCGCCGCCACCAGUACAAGUACAGCUUCGACUCACAGCUGCAUUUGUCCAACUGGCUAUGGUGGUGAUGGGUACACAUGUUCUGAUGAAAAUGAAUGCCAGUCCGGAACACACCAAUGCCCCGUGCUUGGCGCUGACUGCAGUAACUUUGAAGGUAGCUACUCUUGUAGUUGUCAGGCUGGCUUCACUGGAAAUGGAACAAGCUGUGAAAAUAUAGACGAGUGCAUUGAGGUGCAAACUUGCCCACACACAUCAACCUGCACGGACAACAAUGGUUCAUACACUUGUCCGUGUUUCUCUGGUUACUCUGGUGUGUCUUGUGCCGAUAUCGAUGAAUGUAGCAGCGGUGCACACAAUUGCGGACUGAACACCGAGUGCGUUAAUGUACCCGGAAGCUUCAAAUGCGAAUGCGUACACCAGGGCACAAGUUUGGCCGUCGUGAGCAGCACGCAGGUUUGCCAGGACAAUGACGAAUGCAGCACAUCGGCUCACAAGUGUGACUUGACCACCACAACGUGCAACAACACGUUUGGAACCUACUCGUGCAAGUGUAGGCUCGGUUACGCAACCGCAGCCGCCGCCUCCGACCCGACCACGUCCUGCGCCGACGAGAACGAGUGUGGCAGCGGACUGGCCAGCUGUCCACUUCACGCGAACUGCCGCAACGUGCCCGGCAGCUACGCGUGCGACUGUGUCCGCGGGUACACGCUCAUCGACGGCGUGUGCAAAAACGUUGACGAAUGCAUGACUCGCGGCGGUGUCGCCGGCAUGGCUCUGUGCGGUGCCAACGCCACCUGCGUCGACAUCAUCGGCUCGUACGAGUGCCAGUGCGCAAGCGGCCACGAGCUGAGGGGAGUACACUGUUACGACGUGAACGAGUGCGCGAACAAGCCGUGCAUCCAGAACGCCCUGUGCCGCAACUUGCCCGGCUCCUUCUCAUGCACGUGCAAACCAGGAUUCACCGGGGACGGAGCGAGAGGCUGCACGGAAAUCGACGAGUGCGCUUCGCCGGAGCUGAACAGCUGCAGCCCCAAUGCCGAGUGCAUCGAUCUGCUGCUCGGUCAUCAGUGCAGCUGCCGGCUGGGUUAUACGGGUGACGGGCGAACGUGUAGCGACAUAAAUGAGUGCAAGGACGAGGGGACGCUCGGUGCCGUGAAGCUCUGCCAGACCGGCUCGACUUGCGCCAACACAAACGGCUCGUUCACGUGCCCGUGCUCCAGCGGGUACCUGACGUCGGCUAGCAGCACCGUGCCGGGCAUGCCCGUGUGCUACGAUCAAGACGAGUGUGCGCUCGGCGCCCACCCCUGCAGCCUGGAACGCUCCACCUGCCUGAACACGGCCGGUUCAUAUCACUGCAACUGCCUGGCGGGCUAUUCAGGCGCCACGUGCUCGGACGUUGACGAGUGCACUACCAUCGCCGACCUGUGCCACGACAACUCACAGUGCAACAACACCGACGGUUCGUACAUCUGCGUGUGCGACGUGGGUUACAGGCCGGGCCUCGUUGGCUGUAUCGAUGACGACGAAUGCGACCUGGACCGCGUGCCCGCCUCGUGCCCUGCGAGCGCCACCUGCAACAACUUGGCUGGCUCGUUCUUCUGCACGUGCAAUGCUGGCUACUCUGGCAACGGAACCUGGUGCGAGAAUGUGAACGAGUGCAACACGAGUGCUGUGCCCGCGAGUCCACUGCACCGUUGCGUGAGCAACGCCGUGUGCACAGACACCGACGGCGCCUACAACUGCACUUGUGCCCCGGGUUACCGUGGCGACGGACGAACGCUGUGCCAGGACCAGGACGAGUGUGCCGCGAGCAGCAGGCCUCCGUGCGACGCGAACGCCGGCUGCACGAACAGCGUCGGCAGUUUCACAUGCAUGUGCAAGCCUGGCUACACGGGUAAUGGUUUGAAUUGUUCUAACGUUGACGAAUGCACUGGCUCGCUCUUGGUGCACUUGUCACCGAUAUUCACUAGCGCAGGUUUUGUCAUCCCGCCGCAGCGGCGCAUUCCUCUCUUCUGGUGCACGGCCAAUUCACGGUGCGUCGACACAACGGGCUCAUACACGUGUGCGUGUGAUGCCGGCUACUCGGCUGUCGCUACUGGAGUCAAGGGUGCUCAACUGUGCGCGGAUAUUGACGAAUGCGCAUCGAAUUCAUCGCUAGGCCUCUGCAACAAUGCCACGAGCUUCUGUCAGAACACGGUGGCCAGUUAUGCAUGCGUCUGCAAACCAGGAUUCACUGGAAAUGGCAUGCAUUGCGAAGACGUGAACGAGUGUUCUGCCGGCAGCCAUGGUUGUCAUGCCAACGCAACCUGCUCCAACACGGCGGGAGGGCACACAUGUGCGUGCCGAUCUGGUUACAAUGGCAACGGGAUGUUCUGCAUUGACAACGACGAAUGCCACAGUGGCGAGCACACGUGUGCACCGAAAGCACGCUGCUCGAACCGCCCUGGAAGUUUCUCCUGUGCGUGCCUGAGUGGCUACUCUGGCAAUGGAACAAGCUGUACUGAUCUUGAUGAAUGUCAACUUCCACCA